CGCAUUUUCCAUGACACAAUCACCUUCCGGCCAUACAUUUCAAUCGCACACAUGUCUUCUUAUUGCGUCACUGGUGACACAAAUACCGCAGCAUUCUAUCGACGUUUCAGUUUUCCCUCAUCUCCACUGUCCUACUAAACCGCAUCGUUACAUCAAUUCAAACAACAACAUUAAUCGUCAUCGAUCGCUCCCGCCUCGCCCGGCCAUUCCAAAGCUUUUCCUUUACGAUCGCUCCAGAAAAGCAAGUGACAGCGGAAGGUGGUUAGCCCGGUGGUCCAUUCACUUCCCACCCGGACAGUAUCCAGUAGGGGAGCCGGUUUUCCAGCGCCAAGGAAAAUCAAACUAUCCCGGUCGUUGGUUUUGCGCCUCCCAAAGCUGCAUCGGUGCGUCAAACCAGAAAAUCAAACAAACCACUUGCGCACUCCUUUCGGACCGGUUUUUUGUUGUUGUUUUUCGUGCACUAUUUGCGGUCAAUUCCAACCAGUACCAGUUUAAGUUUUGCAUCGAAAGAUACUUACCAGUGUGUCCCGGUUUAUUCGAUCGUUCCCUAUGGCUCCUUCGGUACGAUUCUUUUAGUGUGUUGCCCGGCAACGGCAGUGCUGGUUGAGCUUUGCCCAGCAUCCCGGCAGAGCUUCAGAAAGGGCGGUGCAAACGCUUCCUUCACACUGUGCGGAAUCACAAGAAGGUGUUUAAUUGAGUAAAAGGAAGUGUUUGUUGCUGCGUGAUUGUAAACAAAGUGAAGCAAAUGGGAAAACCCCAUCCCUUGGACUGUCUGCGUUGGACCCUUUUGUUUGAACAUUCGCUUAAAAACACCCUCAGCUCAGGACGUCUGCCCAGCGCGCGUGGAAUCGCUCGUGACGCGCCGUGGAAAAGCAAAUGGGUGAGAAAAACAGCUUCCCCAUGGCGGGCGCAAGCACACAAACAAAGCGGCAAUGCUCGGAUGGUUAAGCAUGGGCGAGCAUGCCAUCGGGCGGAAGAAAACGCGAAAAGCUCAUUUCAGCUGCUGCUCUCGACCAGCGCGGUUCGUUCGCGGUUGGAUCGGUGUUCGGUUCGGUCGGGUUUUCUUCCUUUCGCUUAAUGCGCGUGCAAAGUGGAAAUUCUGACCAUCCAGCAAGUGUUUGUUAAAUCCGAAUUAUAAAUAGAAUGUGAAUCAAAAGUGGAAAUAAGUGGAAAAAUUGAAUUAUCCAUCCAGCUCCGGCAGUGAAAUUAAACGUAAUUUGUCCCGAUAGCUGGAUUCAAACCGGUGCAAUCCCGGUUCCCAAACAGCUUGCAUGCGUUCUUUGCUUCUAUUUCCUUCAAUCUCUUUCCGUUAGUUAGAAAGAAUAUUCUAUUUGCGUAUUGAGUGAUGUGAGUGAUCCGAGCCGCAAUUCUUCCACUCCUCGGGCAAGUGCGUUUAAAAAUAGUUCCGAUGUAAUUGUUCCAACGCCACUCCGAAACACGUGUGUCCAAAUUCAAAAUAACAAAACAAAAACCUGUGAAAAGCUGCCGUAAACCGUCGCAAAAGAAGCAAGUGAACAAGCCAUUAUGAGGCUAUUAUUCGGCGUGCUUACCGUUCUAUCGCUGCUGGCAGGGAUAGGCGCCAUUUUUCAGGGUGGCGUGCUGGAUCUCAACUUCUUUCGCUGCAUGUGGACAAAGAACUACGAGUGCCCACACGAGGACAUAAAGUUUUUCCUCUACACACCAACCUUUCGGAAGGGCCGAAUCAUCGAUAUGAACGAGCCGAAGUCCAUCUUCAAGGUCGGCUUCAAAACGAACCAGCAGACAGCGAUCAUCAUCCAUGGUUUCAACGGGACGCAGACGAGCCGGCACAUAAUGUUCCUGAAGGAUGCCUACCUUUCGCGUAAGUUCAACGUGUUUGCAGUCGACUGGGAGGUCUUGUCGCAGUAUCCGUGCUAUUUCUCAUCGCUUUCCAACACCAAGCUGGUGUCACAGUGUACGGCACAGCUCUAUUCCUUCCUAACGUUUGCCGGCUGUACAAGCAAACAGAUCACGUGCGUAGGACACUCCCUUGGGGCACACAUAUGCGGCAUGAUGAGUAACCAUCUAACGAAAAAGCAGUAUAAAAUUAUAGGUCUCGAUCCAGCACGACCCUUGAUAGAGAAGCAUGCAUCGAAAAAGUUUCGCCUCACGCGAGAUGAUGCCCGCUCGGUGCAGAUCAUACACACCAAUGCCGGCCUGCUCGGGCAAAGCUCGUUUUCCGGUCGGGUGGACUUUUGCAUCAACGGUGGCCAGGUGCAGCCUUAUUGUGAGGGCGAUCGAAUUAAACAAGCCCGAUGUAGCCACUUUCUGAGUGUGUGCUACCUUGCCAAUGCCAUUCUAGCCGCCAGACCGAUGCGUGCGUUCCGUUGCCCGUCCGGAUGUGUGCCAGACAACCGGAUACCCUUCGUGAAGUCGAACCGUGUGCGAAUGAAAUGGCUCACCGUCGGGCAGGAUACACCGGGAAAUGUGACUGGAGGAUACUGUGUUCACAUGGAGCAGAACAUGAACUGUCCGUUUAACUAAGGAACUAAUUGAAGAAUUGAAAUAUUGAAGAUAUUGAAAUUGAAGAACAACCGCAAAGGACAAGGUGCAGUGUAAUUCCUAAAGCAUUACAAAUAGAAGAAGCAUUUGGUUUUACAAAUACCAGUAUUAAAGCAAGCAACAGGGCAAGCUUAAUGAAAUGCACAAGAGAUGCACAGGGGCAGUAUCAAAUUGCAGAAAAAAAAACGAAAACAACAUCAUAGCUCGCUAGCAUUAAGUUCGAUUUAGCGCUGUAAAUAAACCCAAAACAACGUGUAA